AUGGGAUCGGCGGCUGCAGCGACAACCGCCUCCCUCGCCUACGAACCUGCGCAGACCAGUCCUCCCCCUGACCAACACUUUCCGCCUUCCGACGCGGCAGACGACAGUUCGACCGUCCGUUUCGAUGAUGUCUACCGUGUGCUCUACAGCAAGGAGGAGCAGAGGCGGUGACUUGCGCGUGAUUUAGUUUAUAGUGACGGUAGACUUGCACAGCAUCUACUGCACUCUCUCCUCCCCAUUCCCCAUCUCGACCCGGUGUCAAGACGGAGUCAAGAAGACUGGAAUCGGGGGAGGGCGCUGGUGGAUGGCACCGUCGAGCCCGCACCUUGGCGUUCCACGCCACACCCCUGGACCACAGAUCAAAUAACCAGGUUUUUUACCAACAACAACAAUGGGGAGUGGCAGGGUCCCAGUGUGCGCGACGUCUACCGGUAACCGGGUCUGCCACCGCACCCCGAAAUGUUGGAAUUUGUUAUGUUGCGCAAAUCCGAUAACGCCUGCCAGAAUCCGGUAUGGCCCCCGUGUCGGUCCAACGCAUCUACCAUGUGGCCCGUUUCGGGGGGCACUGAAGCCCACGGGCAGUCACACUGACACGAAGAAGCAUUAAUCAAUAAGUCUCACCUGAAAGUGUGGAGAUUGGUGAACAGUAAGUUGUCCGUGGACUAACUGUACAAACGAUAAUUCGCCCCCUGUCCCCACUCCCCCCUCCCCCACCGAACCGCAACUGCUCCCUGCGGUCCACGCACGCCGACUUUGCCACGCCGACAGAGAUUACCUCGAAGUCGUCGCGAGGUGCAAACUACUGACUCCUCCACCUGGUGAUGGUGCUGCCGUCAAAACAUGCAGCCAGGUUGUAGAUGAAAAAAAAAUCCAGAGCGGCGGCAGAGUACUGCUCACACUCCAGUACCCGGUAGCUGUCAUGAACGCUCAGCAGCGCUGACUAAUGUCGACUUAUCUGCAAGAAACGCGCGUAGAUCGAGCGUGAAAGACCGUGGCAGACGCCUGUGCCUUCACGUACACCCCUUAGUGUGUGUGUACGCAUGUGCGUGCAUGAGUGCGUGAGUGUACGCGCGCGUGCGUACGUGCGUGCCUUUGUCAGUGGGCGGGUGUGCGUGCCCCAGGCAAGCUGCGCUGCAGUUGCGAGGAAUCAACACAGGGGGACACAAUGGCUUCUGAUAUGAGCUGGGUCUGUGUGAGACUAAACGCUACUGCCAUGCUUACAUGUGCGUUGCAGGCGUCAAUUUGGAUUCCGAGCAGUCCCCCCCCCCCCUGUUCUUCUCUUGGUGGAUAAAAUCUUGGUCAAGUGUUUGUCGUGGGCCAGGGGGUGUGGCGGAACGCCUAGGCGCGGGUCCGGCCCUGCCAGCCACCUGCACCCUCUGCCGCCUCCGGUCCUCUUGACUAUGUCUUGACACCGGACUCGGGGAGGAGAAGGAGAGCGAGUGCGGUAGAUGCUGUGCAAGUCUAGUGUCACGAUAAAUCACGCACAAGUCACCGUGCCCGUUCUCAGCCUGCUGUGAACACACGGUAGACAUCGUCGAAACCAACGGCCGAACUGUAAUAUGUGGCACGCCUUAUAAAACGUGCUGUGAGGUUUCCACGAUGCGCCACCAUUCGGGGUUUGAGAUGCUCUCACCUUAUAUGUCAUUACUCAAUCUCAACUCGAACUGAGGACCAGGCAACAAUGGCUGCUAACUGAAAACCUCGUUUGGCGCCUGUGCCACGCAAAUAGAGUAGGCGGGCUAACUCAUGAAAUGUCGGCCGAAAUUUCAAAAUGCGUUUUCGUUUCGAAAAGAUUAAUUAAGUAUGGUUGUAAAAUUAAUCACCGUCCAACAUACAGUGCGUGACUAAUCUCAUGAAAUGUUGGCUGAAAUUCUGAAAUGCGUUUUCGAUUAGGAAGGAUUACUUGGUCUCGGUUGUGAUACUGAUUAUCUUAUGGCAUACUCUUAUAACAUUUUGGACUCGGCAGGAUGUCGGCUUUUGGAUGCACUGAUUUUUCAUCUCCUUUAAAAAGCGUGCUCGGUAAAAAGUGACUACUUAAGUAGCAUGCAUUUUUUCCAUUGAUUUUCGAUGGUCUUGGAAAUUCAAAUAUAUUUUAUAAAAACCAUAAACAAAAAUAUGUUUUCUUUUAGUCAAUCAAUAGAGAAUCACGUCUUCUUUAUAUUUCAUACUUAAGGAAGGGGUAUAAUUAGGUUUCAAAAACGUUUUCUAAUUGCCGAAAAAUUUGGAGCCUGAUCAUUCGUUGCAUUAGCGCUUAGUGAUUACACUCUACAAGGUGCAUGCAUUCCGCGUAAAGAAAAUCCCAUAUUUUUCUAUGUCAUUAAAGAGGUAUUAUACAGGGUCCAUAAAAUUUUGCAAUGGAUGCGGACCAUGUUGUACAUUUCAUGAGGAGCAGUGGUAAAUGGCCAGGUACGAUGCUAUGUGAAUGGACAUUUCGCGGUCUUAAAAAGACUCAUAUUUAGAAACUUUUUUAAAACCUAAUUAUACCCCUUUCUUAAGUAUAAAAUAUAAAGAAGACGUGAUUCUCUAUUAAUUGACUAAAAGAAAGCGUCUUUUUGUUUGUGGUUUCUAUAAAAGACAUUUGAAUUUCCAAGACCAUCGAAAAUCAAUGGUAAAAAUGCAUGCUACUUAAGUAGUCAUUUUUUCCCGAGCACGCUUUCUACAGGAGAUUGAAAAGAAGUGCAUUUAAACGCCGACAUCCUGCCAAGUCUAAAAUGUUAUAAGAGUAUGCCUUAAGAUAAUCAGCAUCACUACCGAGACCAAGUAAUCCUUCCUAAUCGAAAACGCAUUUCAGAAUUUCAGCCAGCAUUUCAUGAGAUAGGUCACGCACUGUAAUUCUUCAAUGAUCCGGUUACCUCAGGGUGCCUUCUUUCGAACUGACUGAUUUGCGACUGCAUGCAAUAGUUAUACUCUGCAAAAAAUGACUGCUUAAGUAGCAUGCAAUUUUCUCAUUGCAUUUCGAUGCCCUUAAAAGUUCAAAUAUAUUUUAUGGAAAAUAUGCAUAAGAUAUUCAUUCUUCUAUUUAUUCGGUAGAAAACUACGUCCUCUUCUAGUUUUGUACUCGAAGCAGGAAUAUGAUUUGGUUUCAAAAAAGUUUCUGAUUGUGAGAUUUCUAAAUACCGUGAAAUGGCCAUUCAUAAAACGCAUGUCUCUGCAUUGACCAAUGUGGCUUGUAAAGUUAUCAAUAUUGCUCAAAUCCACUGUUUAAUUUUAUGAACCCCAUAUGGUCUCCUCUUAAUACCGUAGAGAAAUGCAUGGUUUUCCAUAUGCAGAAAAGAUAGGGCCUGUAGUUUGGAAACCCUGAAUGAAGAUGUAACGGCAGGUCGGGUUAAAAACUAUUCGGAAAAAGUUUUUUAAAACCGAAUAAUACUCUUUUUUCGAGUAUAAAUUCAGAAGAAAAGGUGAUGUUCUACCAAAUAAGUACAGAAAUGAAUUUUUUACGCAUUUUUUCAUGAAAUAUGAUUGAACUUUAGAGGGCAUCGAAAAUCAAUGAGAAAAUUGCAUGAUACUUAAGUAGUCAUUUUUGCAGAGUAUCGUUCUUGCAUGCAGUCGCAAAUAAGUUCGCUCGAAAGAAGGCACCCUGAGGUAGCCGGAUCGUUAUAUAAUUAUGCUGGACGAUGAUUAAUUUUACAAUCAUACUUAAUUAAUCUUUUCGAAACGAAAACAUAUUUCGAAAUUUCGGCCGACAUUUCAUGAGUUAACCCACCUACUGUAGGAGUUGUCUAAUUUUGCCAGCCACUGCGUACGCGCGCCCACCUCUGGCUGUUUGGACUUUGUUUUGCCAUCGGAAGACGCAGGACGUCGAGGGGAGGGGGGUGAGAUAGAUGCGUUGAAAGUCCGUCUCACUAAAAGCAAACUUGCGCACGAUUCGCAUUCGUGCUCGCCUCGUAGGGUAACCGUGAACCUCGUCGCCGCUACGUCGGUCAAGCUAUCGCGUGGGUGCGUGUGUGUUUGCGCACGAGCACCUACGCCUUCAAUAAAGUUGAUGGAGCCUGGAUUGUUCUUCUCUUUUUGUUCUCGUCCUCCCUCUUUGCCUGUUCUAACUUGACGCCUAAUCAGCUACUGUGACAGCCGUGACGUCUGUUGCGACGUCGCACGCCACAACUCUAGCCUGAUGAUAGCAACCGGCAGUGAGAAACUCUCAUUCAGGUAAUACCCUUGGCGUUCUUGUUCCCCAGUGCAGAGACGCACCAGAUCAAUGCUCUGUGCACUCUCACAGCCUAACACACUCCACUUGUAAGCCAGAUCACUCAAGUGUGAAACUGUGCCGGGCGCCUGAUCCGUAGUCAUUCGCCUACGCACGCCUAACACCCGCAAAACACACAGACAUGCAGUUCCAGCAGUGAACCCUCCCCCCCCGCCCCCAACAGUUCAUCGUGAUUUUACGCUUCACUGCCUAAAAGCCUGCGCUGGCAGUUCAUUUUCUGGAUCUGCAACAACUGAUCCGGAGAGGAGUGGGAAGUUUGAGAGGUCUAGGAAAGGUGUCGAUGCUGAGGCCUCUGUUUGUCUCAUUCUGCUUGAAGAAUCUUCGGUCUAGAGCUUAGCUUACCGUAACAAAUCCCUAGAAUUCAUACAUGUUUUGGCAGAUUUUAAAUAAUUAAUAUUGACCCAACUGUGGAAAACUCGGCGCCUCGAUGGGUUUCGAACCCACACAGUAAGGGGAAGGCUUUAGUACAGCUAACGCUCUAAUCACUUGUGCUACGAAGCCCUGCCGGACGACGCGAGUUCAAUCACAUUUGGGUCAAAUUACCCGCCCAACUUACUGCAGCGUCUGGAAUCCACCAAAUAUGAUACAGUAAGUUGACUGCCCAGGCAGGAUUUCCCAAUCAAUUCACCUAGAAUCCACCAGAUGGCUACCAGGCUCACAGUUGGGUCAAUAUGAAAAAUCCCUAGAAGUAUGAAAUUUCUCUGAGGUAGGGUGUAAACAAACGACCCAAACAACCAGGAAAAGUAACGGAACGUGGGUUGAACCGUUGAUUGUCUUGGCCAACAUCAGGUGAUCUAUCUCUGGAAAAUCGCAACCACACUUACCAACCGCCGCGUGAACUAACCGUUAUUCCCGUCGCAGUGACUAGGAAUGUAGGAUAACUAGGGUUUGGAUGAGAUUGUAAGUGAAACCCAAGCAAAAUAAUUAGCCACGUGCCGUCACCGCGGUCACGGUGGGUCAAAUUGCCGAGUAAUUGUCACGCCAAGAAUCAACAACGGUGAUGAAAUCACUGCCAUUAACAAGUACUCGAUUACGAACCGACAAGCCAUCAUCGAAUCAAACACGACCCCCCUCUCCCCGGGGGGGGGCAUGAACGCGAGUGUUGCUAAGUCUUGUAGCCGAGCCACUGUAUCCUAUAAAUACUGCUCCCCUUGUGCGACUACAAUCCCAUUUUACGACUGUCUCUGGUGACGAGUUCGAGUGAGAAUCCAAAACGUCGGGCCGACGAACUUACUGCUCUAGUCGCAUCUUCUUCUUUCGAACUCAUCCAUUGGCUUUUAUCAGCAGCUGUUAUUUCCGUGGGAUACUUUAAGUUUGGAAGACUGGUUCUUUGAGAUUGUAAGGGAGCCCUGUUGGACAGAGAAGACCAUCGCUUGUAUUUUAUACUACGUGGCGAAGAGAGAGGCUGGCCGAACACAGUAAUAACUGGAUAAUUUUUUGGAAAUUUCUAAUUGGUUCAAAAGUCUAUCGUGAGAUAUGACAGUGGUCGUAGAUGGAGUAAUGACUUGUCACCUAUUCUGCUACUGCCGUUAUCGCUGACGAUGAACUCCUGUAUGAAUCAAUAAGUUGAGUCCGGUGCUCGAUAAGUGUCCCCCUUCCUUACUCGCAAAUGUGCCUGUAAGUCAAACACUUGCCUCCAUUCAUUACUAAAACGUGCCAGUUCGAAGUUGAUGUAGUCCCACAUCACAUCAGAAAGCGUAGUGGGAUAUCUAACGAGCACUUGGUGAAUCAAAAUUAGGCCUAUUAGGUCAUAUUUUAAGUGCCACUUGCUGUCGCCGUGAAUGUCUACCGUGAGCCCCUCAGCAUGCGAGUGCUGCGCGAGGACUUGCGCGUGAAUCAAUUUUUGCUGGUAACAGACUUGCAUAGUGUCCGUCGCACUCUCUCCUCCCCCACCAACUUGGGCUCGGUGGCGAGAUUGAGUCAGGACGGCCGGAGGCGGGAUCGGGCGCAGUGACUGACGAAGCCAAACAACCCGUCUACGCGGACCACACACGACCCGAUCCGCGCGCGACGGACUAGACGAUGUAGUAUUUGAAGGGCAGCUCACCUGGCACCUCCCCCCUCAAAGUCUAUGCAGUGUGUGCAAAAAUUCCUUUAACCUGAGGAGGACCCCUUCGAUUUCCUACCAAACACAGAAGAUGACCUCAGCGUGCUUGUUACAGCAACGAGAAUAAAUACUGCUAGUUUUACCUCGAGGCCUGUGUGGACUGUAAGUCUGGGGUCCCAAUACAGAGCGGAAUUGUUCUUUUCCGCGAACCGCAUUGUCAUGUGGCACUGCCGACUGCCGAUUACGGCCGGCAAAACCUGGACUCGGUAGCCAAGCGGGUAAGAGCUCUUGUUCACAUACCCGAAUAGCAAGACUUAGCGAGGCUUUCGCUCCAUGUCCAACAGACUCGGACUUCGAAUCUCGCGUGUGCAACCCAGGAAUUAAGCUAUCACUGGCUGACGACGUCAAAUAAGCCAGAAAUAGUCAGCCCAACGUCACUCACUGUUAUCCGUAUGAUGAGUCAUUCCGUGUGUAAAUACUUCUACACCAUUUAACACCAGUCGCCAUGAGACCACCUGAGCGGGACUUGAAGACCGUCAGUUUGAAAGCAAAGCGGAAAUUCUCAAGUUCGUCCUGUAAUUCGAAUAGAUCUGACUAGACACCCAAUCAUCUCUCGCAAGGCCGUUAGUGGGUGUACAAACGUCUAAGGUUGUGUUGCCCUUGGCUAGUGACGGCUAAUAGGCCAGAAAUGGUGAUUCUGAGGCCCCCUAGGGUGGACCCAACCCCUAUGGAACUGCGCUUUUCUGAUCGCAGUCGACGGAGCCUGCACCAGUAGUCCAAGGAGUAAGAGCAAGUGUGCUCAGAUCGUCGUAGUCGGACAAUGACGGAAAUGGGCGAGAGAUAGCAAUCUUUGUAACCCAUCCGAGCACCGAAAAGAUACUGUGCUAUGUGAACUUUUUGUGAGUUUCUUUUUUGAUCAUCUGGGGACGAUAUCAAUUAUAAUGAAAUACACUAUGAACUUUCUUAGAUUGACAAAAAUGAUUAUUUACCGAUUGCAUCAAAGAGGGGUUUUUGGCGGUCCAAAUAAGAAGGCUACAGACUUCGUUAAGACCGCAAAAUCCACUUUCUUGGGCAAAGGAGACGAGGAUGCUCAUUUCCGGUUUAUUGGCCGUUAUCGGUCAGCCGUACCCAAUGAAGUUCAGUUAUAGGACAUACAGGAAGGUGAGAAUCGCCUAAUUUUCUGCCGGCAAGGUGUUCACAGAUCAGGUUACAGAACACGCUUGUUCCGUUGCGUCUUUGAGAUCAAUCU